CAGCGCUUUCAAUGAGGAACGAAGAAGACGGCGAAAACUCCCGUCAUCCAUCGACGGGCGGCUGCCGCGGAGUUCGGAAAUCUGGGCCCAGGCCGGAGAAGCGGCCGAGGCUGCUGCAGUUCACUCCGACGACCUCGCUGUCGCUGCUCGUCACCCAAGGACUUGGCGUCAAACGUGCCAGACUCGGGCGACGAGGCCGCACAAACUUCCUCCGAGCAUUGGCGCCGCCAUUUUGCGGUCGCUUCAGUCGAUGAUCCUCGCGACAAAUUGAACGCAUUGACUUUUUGACGUCGGAAUAUGGGUGGCUAUUGUUUGAUUUAACACCCAAUUGUUGGAUAAUGAUCAUGUUGCUUUAAUUCGCUGUGGUUAAACCAUUGUCGCGUCGUGCCUCGUGAAUCUCCCGAAGCGCUCAAAAAUGAAUUUCCAAGAGGGCGGAGAAAACAUCGGGCAGCAUUUGACGCUGUAGAUCAGGGGUGUCCAAAGUCGGUCCCUGAGGGUCGACGUCCUGCCUGUUUUCCAGCUCUCCCCUGAGCCACACCCGUUUCAAAUAAUCAGGACCGUUCCAGUGCUGCUUCACGGCUGAUCAUCUGAAUCAGGUGCGUUGCGGCCGGGAGAGCCGCAAAACAGGCAGGACGGCGGCCUUCCAGGCCCGGGGCUGGACAGGCCCGCUGGAGAUGAUUGGAACUUGCGCUUCCAAAUGUCCCCUGGCAUUUAUUUCCGCCGUUUCUCCAAAGUAAACCCCAGCAGUAUUGUUAGAGUUUUGCUACAGACCCAAUACAUUUGGGUUUCACAUCAAGAGGUGACCAUGAGAUGAAUGCAACGUUGAUUUUCGGCCAUCUCCUUCCAGACCCAACUUGCAGUGAGGGAAAUGAGAUGGAGAUGACCAAAGAGGAGCUCCGGAGUUGGAUUUCGGAGAAGGUGCAAAAAAUGCACUUGACCCCCCCUGAUGCAUUGGAACAAUGUCAGCUUUUGAAGUCUCUACUGGAAAAGCGGGCGAACCAAACUGACCGGCUCCUGGCACUCAGCAACUCCGUGGCAGCGUAUGAAGCCAUCGUGAAGGAACUCUAUGCUCUUCUGGGUUGGAAUUACACCCACACGGAUUCCGAUGAGGAUGUCAUCGAAAUCGCAAGUGAUGGAACGUCCAACUCUUCGCCGUGUGAUUCGGAGACAGAUGUUUGCGGUCGUCCCUCAGGAAGUUCCGCCCCUCUCCCAAACCACAACUUAAAAGACAGCCACGGCCAAGUUUGUUCAAGUCGAAAGCCGAAGGUUGUCUUGACCAAACUUAACCCGAGCGAAAUUUGGGCUUUGUGCGGAAACCGUCCCGAGAAUGACAGCGUUGACGGCGAACGCUCGAGUCCCCUCGUGCCCGACUGCGAUAACCGUACAGACGACUCGGAUUUUGUCGCGGGGCCUUCACCGGACAAAAGUCGACGUUUCAGCAUCGGGAGGCCCGUGAAUACCCGUGCGGGGAAAAAGUCGGGGCUGCCCGUGGACGCAAAGACUAAGGAUGCAAAGAAAAAAAAAUCCUCACCUAAAACCAGCCCGACAACAAAGAAGCGCGCGGGCAAGGCCGAAGCCGCGGACGCACCAAGAUCCUCCUGCGCAAGCCGCUCGAAAAUGAGGCCGCGAACAAGACAAAGGCAAUGAGGACCAGAUGCGGCAAAGCGGAAUCGCUUGUGGGCUGUCAUCUUGACCAUUUGAAAUGUCCCUUGCGCUUCCGGUCGAGACGGCAGCCUGCGGAACAUCACCACGCUGGGUUCCCCGAAGGCA